GCUGUUCGCGCUCGGGCUCGCGAUGGGGAAGAAGUCCCGGGCGGUACCCGGUCGCAGGCCCAUCCUGCAGCUCUCCCCGCCUGGUCCCCGGAGCAGCACCCCCGGGCGGGACCCGGAACCGGAGGCCGACACCGAGCCGGACUCGACGGCGGCGGCCACCAGUCAGCCAGCCCCGACGGUGGUGGCGCCGGCCACGACGACUGCUGUGACGGCUGCCGCGGCCUCGGAAGACUCGCCUUCAGAAGAUCCAGAUGAACAGGAAGUGGUGGUGGAGGUUCCCAGAGUUGUUGAGAAUCCUCCAAAACCAGUCAUGACUACCAGACCCACAGCUGUUAAAGCAACAGGAGGUCUUUGCUUACUUGGUGCAUAUGCUGACAGUGAUGAUGAUGAGAGUGAUGCUUCAGAAAAACCAGCACAAUCUAAAGAGGCAAAUGGAAACCAGUCAACUGAUAUUGACAGUACAUUGGCCAACUUCCUAGCGGAGAUUGAUGCCAUAACAGCGCCUCAGCCUGCAGCUCCUGUAGCAGCUUCUGCUCCACCUCCAACUCCACCUCGUCCAGAGCCCAAGGAAUCCUCAACAUCUUCACUUUCUUCCACUGCUUCAAAUGGGACAGACUCAACCCAAAUGUCAGGGUGGCAGUAUGACACUCAGUGUUCACUGGCAGGGGUUGGAAUUGAGAUGGGAGAUUGGCAAGAAGUCUGGGAUGAGAACACAGGAUGCUACUACUAUUGGAACACACAAACAAAUGAAGUGACAUGGGAGUUACCCCAGUAUCUUGCUACCCAGGUACAGGGAUUACAACAUUACCAACCCAGUUCUGUAACAGGUGCUGAAGCCGGUUUUAUGGUAAAUACAGAUGUAUUUACUAAGGAGAAAACGGUUUCUGUUUCCAGUAGUAAAAGUGGACCAGUCAUAACCAAGCGAGAAGUUAAAAAGGAAGUAAAUGAAGGAAUUCAAGCUCUCUCAAAUAGUGAGGAGGAGAAAAAAGGAGUGGCAGCAUCCCUGCUUGCCCCUUUAUUACCUGAGGGAAUAAAAGAGGAAGAAGAAAAAUGGAGAAGAAAAGUAAUUUGUAAAGAAGUAGAGCCAGCUUCAGAAGUGAAGGAAGCAAGUACAACAGUAGAAGAAGUAGCAACGGUAGUAAAGCCACAGGAAAUUAUGAUGGACAGUAUAGAAGACCCUUCUCAAGAGGAUGUUUGCAGUGUUGUUCAGUCUGGAGAAAGUGAGGAGGAAGAAGAACAGGAUACCCUUGAGCUGGAGCUGGUUUUAGAAAGGAAAAAAGCAGAGUUGCGAGCCUUGGAGGAAGGAGAUGGUAGUGUGUCAGGGUCUAGUCCACGUUCUGAUAUCAGCCAGCCAGCAUCUCAAGAUGGACUACGUAGACUUAUGUCUAAAAGAGGAAAAUGGAAGAUGUUUAUUCGAGCUACCAGUCCAGAAUCCACCAGUCGGAGUUCUAGCAAAACGGGAAGAGAUACUCCAGAAAAUGGUGAAACUGCAGUUGGUGCUGAAAAUUCAGAAAAAAUAGAUGAGAAUUCAGACAAAGAGGUGGAAGUAGAAGAAUCUCCAGAGAAGAUAAAAAUACAAACAGCACCUAAAGUAGAAGAAGAAGUCCAGGAUUUAAAAUUUCAGAUUGGAGAACUGGCAAAUACCCUGACCAGUAAAUUUGAAUUCUUAGGCAUUAAUAGACAGUCCAUCUCCAACUUUCACGUGCUGCUCUUACAGACUGAGACUCGGAUUGCAGAUUGGCGGGAAGGGGCUCUUAAUGGAAACUACCUUAAACGAAAACUUCAGGAUGCAGCAGAACAACUAAAACAGUAUGAAAUAAACGCCACUCCUAAAGGCUGGUCCUGCCACUGGGACAGGGAUCAUAGACGAUAUUUCUAUGUAAACGAACAGUCGGGCGAGUCUCAGUGGGAGUUCCCAGAUGGUGAGGAGGAGGAGGAAGAAAGCCAAGCACAAGAAAGUAGAGACGAGACUCUUUCCAAACACAUUUUGAAAGACAAAACUGGCACUGACUCAAAUUCUGCAGAAUCCGCCGAGAAUUCCACAGGUUCUCUUUGUAAAGAGUCCUUUUCUGGCCAAGUUUCUUCUUCAUCGCUCAUGCCACUUACUCCAUUCUGGACCCUUCUUCAGUCAAACGUGCCUGUGCUUCAACCUCCAUUACCUUUGGAAAUGCCACCACCCCCACCUCCUCCCCCAGAGUCCCCUCCUCCUCCACCCCCACCACCUCCUCCUGUAGAAGAUGGUGAAAUACAGGAGGUGGAGAUGGAAGAUGAGGGAAGUGAGGAGCCUCCUGCCCCAGGAACAGAGGAGGAUACUCCUUUGAAACCCUCAGCACCAGCAACAGUUGUAACUACCCAGAGUUCAGUUGAUUCUGGCACCUCUAGCUCUCCUUCCACCAAAGCGGUAAAAAGAAAAGCUACAGAAAUUAGUACUGCAGCAGUUCAGAGGUCAGCUACCAUUGGCAGUUCUCCUGUCCUCUACAGUCAGUCAGCUGUAGCUAGAGGUCAGCAGGCAACAGGGAUCAGUAACCAGGCUGCAGGGAUUGGACACCCAGCAAUAACAGUUAGCCAUCCAGCAGCAGGAAUGGGUCAUCAGGCCAGAGGAAUAAGCCUGCAGUCGAAUUACUUAGGACUUGCAACAGCAUCAGCGAUUAUGAGCUAUGCUGAAUGUUCUGUCCCAAUUGGAGUGACUUCUCCCACACUGCAGCCAGUCCAGGCCCGAGGUGCUGUGUCUACCACUGCCAUUAUAGAGCCGCCACCACCUCCUCCUCCGCCACCACCACCGCCACCAGCUCCCAAAAUGCCACCACCUGAGAAGACCAAAAAAGGAAAGAAAGAUAAGGCGAAGAAGAGUAAAACCAAAAUGCCGUCUCUGGUAAAGAAAUGGCAGAGUAUCCAGCGUGAGUUAGAUGAAGAGGAGAACUCUAGUUCCAGUGAAGAGGACAGGGAAUCAACCGCACAGAAGCGAAUUGAAGAGUGGAAACAGCAGCAGCUGGUCAGUGGCAUGGCAGAGAGAAAUGCUAAUUUUGAAGCCCUUCCUGAGGAUUGGCGAGCAAGACUGAAGAGAAGGAAAAUGGCUCCAAACACAUGAAAUUUUUAAGAAAAAUUUUAUUUUUGGUAUUUGUUUUAUGUUCAGUUCAGAGUCUUAACCAGUUUUACUGUUGUCAAACUGUAAAUGUUAUCGGGGAGAGCUUAUGAAUUUCCUGGGCAAGAACAUACAUAUACCAAGUUUUCACACUUGUGAAAUGUAAUAUUUCUGUUUUGUUGAAAGCUGAGGUGAUUGAAAUUUCUUUGACCUGGCUGCCUUUAUUCUCACACUGGGAAGCUCAGCAUGUUAGGUAUAUUAACCUCAUCAGUCUUAAACAUGUGGCUCUAAAGGACUCGCUGACAAAAAGUGAAGGGCUUUCCUGCCUAAUAGAGGCUUAUUUGGCCCUCUCACUGACUUCUAUUCCAGAACAAGUGCAAUUAUGAAGACAGCUGGGUUCCACCUAGUUAAACUGGGAUUAUUGCUUUUUCUGACCUCUUUUCCUGUAGUCUGUUAUGCCUAAAGCGCUAAGGUCUUUCAGCCUUUGCUGACAAAUGGCCACACGCUUUAGUUUUUCUCACAAAUUCUAAAACUGAUAGCUCAGUCAUUUCACACCAUAAAUAGGUGGCAUAUUUAAAUUUUAAUAAGGCAGCAGCAACAGCAGGUGUUCAUGUCCUUGAUUUUGAGAAUUUCCCCUCAAGUAUGUGGCAGUAAUUGUAACAAGAGCCACUCUAUAUAUUAAUGUAUUUCUAUUGUCUUAACCCUGUUCCAAAAUUCACCUCCCUUCUAUGUGUGACUGUAUUAUCCAUAAAAUUCCAGUAUUUAAAAAGCAGUUUACUCUUGUACUUCUGUUGUAUCACAAUCAGGUAAAAGUCACUUUAAACUGAAGGAAAGGCAAAUUGUGUUUUAAAGCUAUUUGUAUUUCUCCAGUUUUUGGCCUUGUAAAUUUGUACAUAUGCACUAAU